GUUUCGUCUGCUGGCCUCUCACUGUAAUGGGCAGAAAUCAUCAGCCCUGAUUUGAUCAUUGAUUCAUUAUUUUAACUCGCUAAUAACCUAAAGAAGAAACAGGGGUUACAUCAUGACAUGCGCAAGUGAGAUUAUGGAUGAGGUCAGUAGGAGGUUCUCAGAGCUGAUUCCAGUGGCGCUGAUUCCCUGGGUGACAGGCCCUGCUCCUUUUACCUCUCAGUAACAACACCUUUAACCAGUCCAGACCACCAUGAAGCCAGCACAUGAACGCAACCAGGAGUGCCUCCCUCCAAAGAAGCGGGACCUUCCAGUCAACAACAUUAGCAGCAGCAGCAGCACAGGGGGUAGUGGGGUUGGAGGAGGAGGGGGCGGUGCUGGCGGCGGAGAGGAAGCCCCAUCGACACAGAGCCCUGGAGCAGGCGGCGAACCUCAGGGAGGAGGCAACAGUAGCGAAUGGAUGCGCGCUCAAUCGGGCCUACGUUACAUAGAGGGCUCUGAUAGUCUGCAGGGGCUUCCGGUUGACCAGUACAGCAUGCUCUAUAAAGUAGCCGUGCCCUCUGUCACUUACUCGCCCACUAGCUUGCACCCAGUGCUGAGCCACAUUUCUCCUGCGUAUACGGUUCCCUCACCUCUGCUUCAACACACAGGCAUCCCCUAUCCGCCGGUUGGCUAUGCCCAGAUCCCCCAUUCAUCUUUGCAGUUUAUUAGUUCACCUUACGCAGCAGUUCCCUAUGCUGUUCCACCUGGUUUUGUUCCCAGUCCCUUGAUAUCACCACAAUCUGCCAUCCCCCAGCCACACCCAGUCUCUCAUUUGGUCCCUUACCCAUCAGUCAUUCAGGAGGGUGUGGUCUCUUCUCCCCCUCAGCCCCAGGUGUCAGCUCAUGCUUAUGCCAAAGUGGCUGCGCCUGCUGGAGUCCCAAUAGUCCUGCCAUCUGAGCAGGCUGCAGCACAGCAGCAACUUGGAACGGUUGGAAUGUUACCUGCUGCAGAACUCAGCCCCAGAGGUGUGCCUGUGUACUAUCACCCGUCUGGUGGUGCCAGGGCAACUCCCCAUAGUGGCUCACUAGAGCAGGAGAGGGAAGUGAACGGUGGGGAGAGGGAACAGGGUGGCAGGGAACCCCUGCAGGAUGCCAUUUAUAUGGCUAGAAAUACACGUGUGCUACAGACAGCGCCUGGAGCAGCUACACUGGAGACCCAGCAGGACAGGAGCCUGAGGAAUCGGAGGCAGGAUGGAAGAGUCUCUCCAGGACAGCGCAGCACCCCUGACACAGACUUGGAAGUUCAGCAAGUGGUUGGACGUCUUGCCUCACCAGUCCACAGUGUUAGUGGGAGUCGUAAAGAUGCGCCCCAUGGUCCCCUGAAUCUGUCUCAGGGUUCCCAAAGGGAUAGGGAGGCUCAUGGAGAGAACAGAGCAGCGUUUGUGUCACAUUCGCUUGGGCCUAUGGAGUCCAGGGCUCAACCCCCUCAACAGACGGUGCAGUCAGGCCAUCAUGCAGUGAUCCUGGCCAACGGGCAGCCUGUUCUUGUGCCCCUGGACUACCAACACCAACAGCAGCAAGUGCAACAUUAUCCAAGUCAACCUAAUGAUGCUGCCAGUGCAGCAACCAUGGCCUCUCCUACUUCAUACUCCAAAGCCUCAGAUGCUGCAGCCUCAGUGUGCCUCCCAGAGCGGGCAGUGGUUGAGCUGGCACCCCAGCAGAGUCAUCAGCCCUCUCAACAGGCUGGUGUCCCAGCAACGCCAGCUGUGCUACCAGCAGUGCCGAUGGCUCCUGCUGCCUCUGGCCCCUCACACUUCAUGAAGGGAGCCAUUAUCCAACUUGCAACCGGAGAGCUGAAGCGUGUGGAGGACUUGCAGACUCAGGACUUUGUGCGAAGUGCGGAGGUGAGUGGCGGCUUGAAAAUCGAUUCGAGUAUGGUGGUUGACAUCCGGGCGAGCCACCAGCGGCCUGGUCUAGUCGCCUUGCACUUCACUGUUGGGGAGCAGCAGAGCAAGGUGACCAUAGACGUACCUCCAGAGCACCCUUUCUUUGUCUUUGGUCAGGGCUGGUCCUCCUGCAGCCCUGAACGUUCAGCCCAACUAUAUGGACUCACGUGCCACCACUUGCAGGUAGGAGAUGUCUGUGUGUCCAUUACACUGCAACAGCAAGGGCAGCCGCAGCAGAAAAUACAACAGCAGCAACAACAACAGCAACAGCACCAGGUACAAGCCAGGACUUCUACCAAAGCCAACUCCACUUCUGGGGCCAUAUCCCAACCUAUGGGGCCACCGGCGCCUCAGCACUCACGGCCACAGGGCCACUUCAAGAUGGACCGCAUUCACAGGGAGAGGGAUAGGGACAGAGAAAGGGGAGACAAGGAGGAACCCAUGCAACUUGUGGCCACAGGGCACGGUGAUGUGCCACCCAGACCAAACAGAACUUCAGCAGAACAUACUCGGAGCCAGAGCAGUUAUUAUUUGCACACGGAGGGUCAAUCUCGGUCAGGGAUGGGAGGAGCAAGUUCUUCGUUGGGCACAUCUCAAAGACGCUGGUCUGCCCCUGGCUUCCAAAGAUACGCCAUCAAGAGUGAGGAUGGGAGCCGAGCCUCGGCAGCCACGGCGGGCUCUUCACGCUCCUUUAUCCCUCAGGAGGUCAAGCUAUCCAUUGAGGGUCGCUCUAAUGCUGGGAAGUAGCAGCAGUCAUGGCAGCAGACACAGCAGCCAGUGAUUGUCCAAGGGAGCAAUGUGUCAGAAACAGACAAGAUAUAUGAGAGUAAGUGAGAGAGAGAGAGAAAGAGAGAGAAAGAGGGAAUGUAGCCUCAGAAUGUUUGAGAUUUUGCACACAUUAGAAAAUCACACCCCUGUUCUUUCUUUUCACGUUUCUUUUGAGGAGAGCACUUGGGCGAGUUAGUGCCAGUUUAUGGUUGUUACAGAUGGCCAGAGUGAACAUUUGAGAGGGCAGCUUCAGCUGGUAAAUCAUCUACCAAAGCCUUGAGUCCCACAGAUAAAAUAUCACUUUAUUUGGCAGUCA